CUAAGACAUUUGACCUCAAGAUGGCGUCGAAGUAACACAGUAGAAGCUGGUGUAGAGCGUUUUGAUUUGAAUACGUCAAUAAUUUGUAUUUUGUGCAAUAUUUCAACAAUGGAGGAGAUAGAGGUGGUAUCUACAGUCUGUCUGAUCUUCACACUGUGCAUGUUUUCCGCAGGAAUGCCAGACUGCUGGAGGAUGUGGAGGACCAGAAGUACCCAGAAUGUUCCAUUUCUUCCCUUCCUGGUAACCUGCAUCAAUAAUCUGAUAUGGCUGUACUAUGGUUUGUGGCGACAAGACUCUACCCUGAUCAUAGUCAAUGCUGUUGGAGCACUUCUCCAGUCCAUCUGUAUGUUCACAUACAUGGUCGCCUCUAAACAGAAGAGCAGGCCCAUGAGUCAGAUAGUUGUGGGUGUGGCUUUGCUGACCACCCUAUAUCUGUACCUCACUAUAGUCAUCACCAGUCAAGCCGUUCUUGUGGACCGGCUGGGGUUGGCAGGAGCUGGCAUUACCAUACUAAUGUACACUUCUCCAAUGAUGGAAUUGAUCACUGUGAUAAGGACAAAGUCCACCAGGUCCAUCUCCAGGCCUCUGACAGUCGCCACAUUCUUUGCUUCAAGCCUGUGGUUUUACUAUGGCUAUCUCCUGCAAGAUCCUUAUGUCCAAGUUCCCAAUUUACCUGGGAUCAUUUCCAGCAUUGCCAGGUUCUUCCUCUUCUGGAGGUACCCAGGGGAAAAACUAGCUUGAUUUCUCAUGCAUGAGAACAUGGAAACAUCUAAAUUGUGGAAUAGCCACUACAUCAUAUUGAGUAUGGGAUGGAAAGGGCAAGAGUUGUUUCUCUCAGGGAUAAGAUUCUUGUUGUUUUUUGGGUGUUAUUUUGUCAAUUUGUGCAGUUUGCAGACAAAUUGU